AUGAGCUCAGGCAGCGAAGAUAUUCUACAAUUUGCUCCCUGGGAGUCGUUUGUGUCGCCCACAUUCUGGCACAAGCUGGCGGAACUUAAGUUGGACUACGAUCGCUUGUCGGAUGCCCAACGUUCAAUUUCUGGCCAUUACACAAACCGAAAGGCCACGGGAUGUCUCCUGGAGGCGGAUUACACAUCGUUCAAUAGUGCCGGGCAGCCACCAAAGUUCUGCCAUGCCGCCGUUGGAACAAUCUACAAUAAAAACACAAUUGAAGAGUUCAAGGCCCUGGACAAGCUGACGCUGCUGUCGGAUGAGGGCAAGAAACUGUUGUACGAUAUGUGCAGCGACCGUGUGGCAGCGGAUGCCAGUCUGCUGACCCGCUUCUUUGUUCUGUCCUUUGCGGACCUCAAGUGCCACAGCUAUUACUACUGGUUCGCCUUCCCAUGUCCCCUGACGCCCACACUCAAGCUGCAGGGAGCCGUGACGAGACUAAGCGAUCUGCCGAAUGGCAGCAAUUAUGUAGAAGCCCUACAGUCGCUAGCACCUGAAUCGCAGAACUUUUUCAUACUGUAUGCCAACGGGCAGCAGAAUGAAGCCGUCGAGGCUCGCAGCUUGAGUUCCCUGGAUGAGAAUGAGGUGGAACACUAUUACUUUGGCUUUGCCGAUCCCAGCGAGUACGAGCACCCGGCUUGGCUGAUGCGGAACUAUGCUGCCUAUCUGCUGCAACGAUUUCCAUGUUUUGUUGGUAGGACGCUCAGGUUUCUGGGCCUGCGAUACAAUCAAAAAAUGCAGAUGGACGACAGUCUGAUAUGGAAUGUAGUUCAAAGCGAGGCCUGCGACUUGACUAAAACCGAAGAUAUACAAUUUGUUGGCUGGGAGCUGAACAAAAAUGGGAAAAUGGGCCCGCGAAUGGUGUGCAUGAGGGACAGCAUGGAUCCGGCAAAGCUGGCCGAGAACUCUAUUAACCUCAACUUGAAACUAAUGAAGUGGCGCCUGGUGCCAGAUAUAAAUCUGGAGAUUAUUUCGCAAACCAAAUGCCUGCUCUUUGGCGCGGGAACCUUGGGCUGUGCAGUGGCUCGCAAUCUUCUGUCUUGGGGCUUUAAACGCAUUACUCUGAUGGACAGCGGAAAGGUUGGAUUCUCCAAUCCAGUACGUCAGAACCUCUAUACGCAUGCAGACGCGGUGGCGGGCAAUCGGAUGAAGGCCACAACAGCCGCCCAAAGACUGCGCGACAUAAAUCCUUCUGCCGAGACCGUGGGGCAUGUGCUGGAGAUACCCAUGCCGGGCCACACCAUCGGGGAGUCGCUGCGGGCACAGACUGAGCAGAACUUGCAGCUGAUUGAGCAGCAAGUGCAGGCGCAUGAUGUCAUUUUUCUGCUCACCGAUUCGCGUGAGAGCCGCUGGCUACCCACACUGCUCGGAGCGGCGUAUCAAAAGAUUGUCAUCAAUGCGGCGCUGGGAUUCGACAGCUAUUUGGUGAUGCGACAUGGCAGCACCCGCGACAUGGCCGGCGACAGUGGGCUGGAAAUCGAGGGGCUAAAGUGCAUCAAUGGCAAUCAACUGGGAUGCUACUUCUGCAACGAUGUCACGGCGCCCGGCAAUUCGCUCAAAGAUCGUACUCUGGAUCAACAGUGCACCGUGACACGACCCGGCGUCUCCAACAUUGCUGCCAGCUAUGCUGUGGAGCUGCUGGUAGCCCUGCUGCAGCAUCCACAGCGGGAGCUAGCUCCUGCCUACUACACUCAAACCGGAAGGCAGCAGACGGUACAGAGUGCGGAUGCCGGCAAGGUUCCCGAAGGACUACUGGGUAUCCUGCCGCACUCCGUGAGAGGAAUGCUAUGCAACUAUGAGAACAUCCUGCCAGCCACGCAAAAGUUUGCCCAAUGCAUUGCCUGCUCAGCGCCAGUUCUAAGUGCCUUUAGGAACGAAGGACAUGUGUUUCUUUUUAGAACUUUUGAAACCGCCAAAUAUCUAGAGGAUUUGACGGGCAUCUCGGAGUUCAAGCGCCUGAACAGUGAGAUAAUCGACUUUGAUGAUGCCGAGUUUGAUAUGUCCGAAGAUGAUGAGGAUUAGUAGUAGAGAGAAUCCCUCCCUCCAAUUUGAAUUUAUAGUAAUUUCUUUUACCAAGCAUUUAUACGCGUUGUGUUGUGUCCAAUUUCUAAACCAAAAUGUAUGCUUUAUCUAGUUGUUAAGUAAACUAUAAACGCAA